GUCGCGUCUGACUUUCUUGGAUCACAGAACUGGAUUCCUGGAUUCCACCACUUUUUACAUUUCUCACAAAGUUAUUUGAUGCCAUCAAUUAUUCCCUAACCUGCAGGAUGAGUGGCUGACCUCACUUCGAUCUGGCUGAGGGAAACCGGGAAUAAAAUGCCUGAAAUAAAAGUCACGCCCCUGGGGGCUGGCCAAGAUGUGGGCCGUAGCUGCAUAUUGGUCUCAAUCGGUGGGAAAAAUGUGAUGCUGGAUUGCGGAAUGCACAUGGGGUUUAAUGAUGAUAGACGCUUUCCUGAUUUCUCUUACAUAACCCAGAAUGGAAGACUCACAGAAUUUCUGGACUGUGUCAUUAUCAGCCAUUUUCACCUAGACCACUGUGGUGCCCUUCCUUACAUGAGUGAGAUGAUUGGUUAUGACGGCCCUAUUUACAUGACUCAUCCCACAAAAGCCAUUUGUCCAAUUCUUUUAGAGGACUAUAGGAAGAUUACGGUUGAUAAGAAAGGAGAGACCAACUUCUUUACUUCUCAGAUGAUAAAAGACUGCAUGAAGAAAGUUGUAGCCAUCAACCUCCAUCAGACAGUCCAGGUUGACGAUGAACUUGAAAUAAAAGCAUAUUACGCUGGCCACGUGCUGGGUGCAGCCAUGGUUCACAUCCGGGUGGGCUCAGAGUCUGUGGUGUAUACUGGUGACUACAACAUGACACCAGAUCGACAUCUAGGAGCUGCUUGGAUUGACAAAUGUCGCCCUGACUUAUUAAUCUCAGAAUCUACAUACGCCACGACCAUCCGAGACUCAAAGCGGUGCCGAGAAAGAGAUUUUCUGAAGAAAGUGCAUGAUGCGAUAGAGAGGGGUGGAAAGGUGCUGAUUCCAGUCUUUGCCCUUGGACGAGCCCAGGAACUUUGCAUCCUGCUGGAGACCUUCUGGGAGAGAAUGAACUUGAAGGCACCAAUCUAUUUCUCGACUGGACUGACAGAAAAAGCCAACCAUUAUUAUAAAUUAUUCAUUACGUGGACCAAUCAAAAAAUUAGGAAGACCUUCGUGCAGAGAAACAUGUUUGAGUUCAAACACAUCAAGGCAUUUGAUAGGGCGUAUGCUGACAACCCUGGACCAAUGGUUGUGUUUGCCACACCAGGCAUGCUUCACGCUGGGCAGUCCCUGCAGAUUUUCAGGAAGUGGGCAGGCAAUGACAAAAACAUGGUUAUUAUGCCAGGAUAUUGUGUGCAAGGAACAGUGGGACAUAAAAUUCUUAGUGGACAACGGAAACUUGAAAUGGAGGGGAGACAAACUCUGGAAGUGAAGAUGCAGGUGGAGUACAUGUCAUUCAGUGCACAUGCUGAUGCUAAAGGCAUCAUGCAACUCAUUCGUCAAGCAGAGCCACAGAAUGUGCUGUUGGUUCACGGAGAAGCAAAGAAAAUGGGAUUUCUCAAACAGAAAAUCGAGCAGGAAUUUAGUAUUAAUUGUUACAUGCCAGCCAAUGGAGAAACAGCUACAAUAGUUACCAAUCCCAAUAUUCCGGUGGAUAUUUCGCUCUGCUUGCUCAAGAGGGAUUCAGUUCUUGGCCCACUACCUGAUCCAAAGAAACAGAAGCUAAUGCACGGCACACUGAUUAUAAAGGAUAAUAGCCUUCGUCUAGUUACGCCUGAGCAGGCUGUAAAAGAGUUGGGUCUCAGCGAGCAUCACCUUCGCUACACCUGCAAAGUUCAGAUGCAAGACCAUCACUCCGAACAGGACACCUUAAACCGAAUAUACAAUCAUCUCAAAAACAUCUUGAAGGAUUAUCCUAUUCAACACCUCCCUGAUGGUUCUGUGAUGGUGGAAUCGAUUCUCAUUAAAAUCAGUGCAAUGUCUGAUGACCAGAGCACUAAAGAUGUGUUGGUUUCAUGGACUUACCAGGAUGAGGAGUUGGGCAGUUACCUGAUAACACUUUUGAAGAAAGGUCUCCCUCAGUCUAUUGCGCUCUGAUCUGCAGGCUGUGAAAAUAAUGAAGUAAAAUGGUCCAUAAGGAUUACUGUUUUGAUAUUUUUGUAUUUGCUCCGUCUAAAUAGUCACACACAGCAGGAUCCAGUGAGAUAUGCUAAAUAUGAUGUGGUUCUUGGAAAUGUAAUGGAAACUUGCCCUGACGGAAUUCACAAAUCCCAAAAGAUCUGGAAUAUGGAAUUAAAAAUUCAUCCCCACAGAACUUAUCUGGAAUGAAAACAAUUUUUCUUGACACAUAUGCAUGUGCUCUGUGUUAUGUAAAUCAGGAGACGGACAGCUUUUUAGAAAUGCUUCCCAACCCCGUCGUAAUGCAGGGUCACCUGCUGUCUGUUGGAAAUCAAGAAGAGCUGCCUCAUAUUCUUGAUUUGUUUCAGUUCGCUGUUUUUACCAGAAUAUGUUUGUAAAAUAAAUUUUAAAA